AUGGCUCCCAAAAAGAAGGAGGUCCAGAAGUUUUCCCUCGGGGAAUUCAUGACGGACUCUGCUUUUGGUGGAGGAUCGUGGGCCGAUGAAGUCGAGGACACAUAUGGAACCCAACCUCUUCCCCCAUCCGACCGACGUGGAAACAGUGGCUACGGUGGUAGCGGCGGCGGCGGCUAUGGCUCAUCCGACAGAAUGCCGUAUGCCCCCAGGGAGCGCGACUCCUUCCCGCAGCGGAUUCCCGACAAGCCGCCCUACACUGCACACUUGGGCAAUCUCUCAUAUGACGCCACCAACGAGACCGUGACGGAUUUCUUUGCCUCGUGUGAAGUCGUCAGCGUCCGCAUCGUGGAGGACCGCGAGCAGCAGAGGCCCAAGGGCUUUGGAUACGCCGAGUUCGCCACCGCAGAAGGGCUCCAGAAGGCUUUGAACUUUGACGGCGACUCGUUCCAAGGCCGUGUGAUUCGUGUUCGCAUUGCCGAUCCUCCCAAGAACAGCGAGGGCCGUAGUGAGGCCAGGGAGCUGGACUGGUCGCAGCCACGCAAGGGACCCUUGGCAGACAUGCCCCGCAACGACCGUCGUGGGCCGAACGAAUUCGGAGAACGCCGCGAAUUCAACAAUGAACGCCGAGAGUUCAAUGACCGCCGAGGACCUCGGGAGUUGGUUGAUGACGGCAAGGUCCGUGACUUCAGUGACUGGUCCCGCAAGGGUCCAUUGUCCCCCCGUCCGGAUACUAUCCGUCAAAACUCGUCGCGAGAGGGCAGCAGGCCUCCCUUUGAGGGCGGAGACUCGUCCAACCGUGAGGACCGCAGACAUUCCCCUGCUACGUGGGGCGAAGGUCGCCAGGAUGGUUCUCGCCCACCUCGUCGCGAGUUUGCCGACCGCCCCGCUCCUGAGAGGGUUCCCACCGCUGCCGAGAAGGAUAUGCAGUGGAGAAGCAGCAUGCGCCCCGAUCAGCCCACAAAGUCCCCCGCCCAGUCACGCAGUGGCAGCGAGGCUCCUCCUUCGCCAGCGCCUGCUGCCGCUGCACCUGCACCCGCUGGUCGCCCUAAGCUUAACCUUAUCAAGCGAACGAUUUCCGAGGCACCCGACGUCACUUCUCCUGCUUUGACAGCCAGCGACUCUAAGGCCAGUCCUUUUGGUGCCGCUCGUCCCAUCGACACCGCUGCCAAGGAGCGGGAAAUCGAGGAGAAGCGCCUUGCAGCGCUACAAGAGAAGAAAGAGGCCGAGGAGAAGGCUAAAGAAGAGCGUCGUCUUGCCAAGGAGGCUGCUGAUAAGAAGGCGGAGGAAGAUGCGAAGGCCGCCCAGCAAAACGGCGGUUCAGAGAAGGCUGAAGAAGCACCAGAGGCAAAGGAGGCAAAGCCAGAGCAGCCAGCUGAAGGUGCUGCUCCCACAGAGCAAAAGAUCCCUGUGCGGACACGUGAGCAGGCUCCUGUUCCCAAAUCUAGGGCUACCGAGAGCGGUAACUGGAGGUCGGCAUCAAGCGAGCAAAGGGGCGGAAGGGGUGCACCGAGUGGUCCCCGCCGAGGAGGCGGUGGUCCUCGGGGUGGCCGGAACGAUGGGCCGAGGCCGCCGCGUGCCAACGGAGGACAACAGUCGCAGCCUGGAACUCCUGUCACUGCAGGGCCAGACUCUACCCCUGAUGAGGACGGCUGGACGACCGUGAAAAAGGCCAAGGGCAGUGGUCGUCCUAUUGCAUCCUAG